GGUCAAUAUGCAAUCAAUUCCGCAAUCAUGCAUCAGGCAUUAACUUGUGAAUUCUUCAGUGGAGGAUUAAAAUAGCUAGCUAUAAUUAUAGCUAGAUUUUCAGCUCUCAUAUACAAAAGUGUGCUAACGAAGUAAAGAAGUGACACUAUGAACGGUGCCAACGCCAAGAUGACGAGACGUCCCACUACUGAAGUGGGAGAUAUUAUGGAGGCAGUUAAACUCAAGCAUGCUUCAAGUGAUGCAAUGCAGAAGCCCAUUGGUGAGAUACUAGGGAGUGACGAGAUAGACGGGGGCAAGAGGAGGUCACCUGACCCCAACGCACCAAUCUACGGGGAGCUCAUUGUGUUAGGGACAAAUGGCAGUCUCCCCUGUCCCCAGAUCUCAUCCAAAAUGAGUCAUAGCUUCAUUCUUAGAAAACAAGCCAGAGCCACCGGUGUCUCCGUCAUCACCAGAGACCCCCAGGACAUGGACUCUUUGGCUCGUAAGUCAACCCACACAGUGACCAUGAACAAGACCGCCUCCAACAGUACAGUCACAGAGUACGGCCACGAUCCCAGCACUGACCUCUUCCAGAUUGGCCGUUCUGCAGACUCAGCAAUAGACUUUGUUGUCGUAGAAACUGUGACAGGCCUGGAUGGACAGCGUGCGUACAAGGGCAACAGUACAGUGUCUCGAUACGCCUGCAGGAUCCAAUGUGAGAGGAGACCACCCUAUUCUGCCCGACUCUAUGCAGCUGCCUUCGACACACACGGCAGAAUACAGCUGUCUGCCAAUGCUCCGAUGUGGCAGGCCUCUACCAGUGAUUACGACGGACUAACAACCAAUGGGAUUGCAAUCAUGCGGCCGGUGGGGACGUUUGAAUCUGGAGUUAGUCCCAGUGCUUGGAGAGAGGUGUCUGUGAUGGGCAACAUGCUCAAACUCAGGGAGCAGAGAUCUUCCAGAAACCCAGGGGAUGAAAUGCCAGAGGAGACCAAUAUCCUCACUGAUGGCUGUCUGAUUGACCUGUGUGGCAUCACCCUCAUGUUUAGGACGGCCAUUGGACUAGCCCAAGGACCAAGUCAGACCAUUCUGCGAGAGCACAGACGAGCUCUCAAUGAAAAGUCACCUCAGUGUGCUGUCAACCUGCUGACUCUGCACUUUAGAAGUGGCUCCGGUGUUUCCGCUGUGUCAGCAGACACUAUCACUGAUCUGGACGAGGCAGUGUCGGCCAGCUCACGUGAGCCGUGGGUCUACCUGCGCUGUGGUCACAUCUACAGUCAGCACGGCUGGACGGCGGGGCCAGAGGAGAGCGACAAAUAUCGAACAUGCCCCCUCUGCAGGGAAGCAGGGCCAUAUGUCAAACUGGAACUAGGACGGGAGAGAGGAUUCUUUAUUGAUGAUGGCCCACUGUCACAUGCAUUUGUGCCCUGUGGUCAUAUCACUUCGGAGAAAACCACAAGGUACUGGUUGAAUGUCCUGAUCCCUCACCUGGCCAGUGAGUGGAUACCACGAUGCCCAUUCUGUUCAGCUGCUCUCGAUAGAAACACUCCCACAGUCAAACUAAUAUUCAGUUAACUCAUCAUAGUCACUGUUGCCAUAGUAAUAUGGUAUUUUUAUCACUCACCAAUAGUUGCCUUGGUACUUAUUACUAUGUAACGUAUGUACCAUGCACUUAAAUGUACAUGCAUGUAUCUUGAACUCACACUUGUUAUAAUUAUGUUCUGCUUUUUUAAUAAUUAUUGUACAAUACUUUG